AUGGCGCCUUCUGCAAUUCAUGAACCAGCCACAUCAAACCCAGCAAAGACACUGAUCCACCACAGUCCUCGAGCACUAGCUCAUGUUGUCUUGCGCACGAGACCUGAGAAUUAUGAAACCAUGAUCCGGUUCUAUCAGGACCUUUUGGGAGCCAAGCUCGUCCAUAAAGAUCCCGUUCUGGCGUUCCUGCGUUACGACGAGGAGCAUCACCGCAUCGCCCUAAUUUCGAGCCCAGAAACGCAGCCCAAGAGCAAGAGCAGCGCUGGGCUCGACCACAUUGCCUUCUCAUACUCCACUCUGACACAGUUAGCGCAGCAGUACGUUUACCUCAAGUCAAUGGAAAAUCCCAUCAAGCCUCUGUGGAGUGUCAAUCACGGCCCGACCACCAGCUUGUACUAUCGAGAUCCGGAUGGGAACAAGAUCGAACUGCAAGUGGACAACUUCGACGUCCCAGAGGACGCUGACGCAUUCAUGAGCGGGCCCCUGUAUGAUACCAACCCGAUGGGCACAGACUUCGACGCCGACAAGUGGGCUGACGAUAUCUUGAGCAAGACGCUUCCUGAUGGGAGCGAGGGUUUGUCCACGCAGGAGAUCAAGGAGAAGAAAAUGCGUAAAGAGAUUGGCGAGAGGCUUGAGCUGCCGGACGGUUUCUUUUGA